UCACGUGACCGGUCUCUUAUUCCAAUCCGCCAUCAUGGUUCGCAUGCACGCACCUGGCAAGGGCAUUUCCCAGUCUGCCCUACCAUACAGACGCAGUAUACCAACAUGGCUGAAACUGACCUCUGAUGAUGUCAAAGAACAAAUUUACAAGCUAGCCAAAAAGGGUCUGACACCUUCCCAAAUUGGUGUUAUCCUGAGGGAUUCCCAUGGUGUUGCUCAGGUGAGGUUUGUGACUGGGAACAAGAUCCUGCGUAUCCUGAAGGCCAAGGGUCUGGCCCCUGACAUCCCAGAGGACCUGUACCAUCUCAUCAAGAAGGCUGUGGCCAUUAGAAAGCAUUUGGAGAGGAACAGGAAGGACACAGAUUCCAAGUUUCGUCUGAUUUUGGUGGAAAGCAGAAUCCACAGGUUGGCACGCUACUACAAGUCCAAGAAAGUGCUGCCACCUAACUGGAAAUAUGAGUCGGCAACAGCCUCUGCACUGGUAGCAUAAAUUGGAUAUUUUAUGUAAAGUGACUUUGAAUAAGAAAAAAAGAAUAAAGUGUACAGACUGAAUAAA